CCGCAUUUUUAAAGCCUGAAGUAGGGCAAAAGUGUGCAAAAGCCAGUCAUAGACAGAGAAGACGACAACUCAUUUGGGUGAAAUUUCCCGAUCUUGUAUUUAAAGUCAGAUUUAAAAAUGCCUCCUCCAGCGGUUCCUCAUGGCAUGUGCCUGAAGGUCAUGAAUGAUCGUAACAUGAAGGGCGGCAUGGGCUCUGACACAAAUCCAUUGAAGUUCAUGGACCAAGACUACAAGUUCCUACAAGACUACUGUCUCAAGACAAGGCAGAGAUUUGUUGAUGAGUUUUUCCCACCAGACCUUCGUUCUAUUGGUGAAGGGCUGCUGAAACCUGAAGUCAUGGCCCGAGUGGAGUGGAUUAGACCAACGAAAUUGUAUCCAGAAGCUGCUGAAUUUGUUGUAGAUACAGUAUCCAGGUUCGACUAUGCCCAAGGGUUUAUAGGAAACUGUUGGUUUCUGGCCUCUGUUGGUGCCUUAACAUUUCAAAACAAAUUACUACAAAAGGUUGUUCCAGAUGGACAGUCACUCAGACAAAAUUACACUGGUUUAUUUCACUUCAGGUUCUGGCGCUUUGGAAAAUGGUUCGAUGUUGUGAUUGACGACAAGCUGCCAACAAUUAAUCGCCAGCUGAUCUUUGUCAAAUCUAAAACAUAUAAUGAGUUCUGGCCAGCCUUGCUGGAGAAAGCAUAUGCCAAGGUAUGUGGCUCCUAUGCGGACAUGCACACCGGCCGAGUGUCUGAGGCCCUGCUGGACUUCACUGGCGGGGUUCAUAUGCACUAUGAUCUGAAAUCGGCUCCGACUGAUUUGUGGGAGAUAAUGUACCGUGCUUCCCAGUCAGAGGUCCUUAUGGGCUGUGAAAGCCCACCGGGGAAUGAGGAGCGGUUACCAAAUGGCAUAGUUCUGGGCCACGCUUACACUGUGACAAAGGUCUACCAGGUCAUGAGUGGUAGAAAUCCUGUUCAGCUAGUGAGAUUGUUCAACCCAUGGGGAGACAGUGAGUGGAAAGGAGACUGGAGUGACAAUUCACCUUUAUGGAACACAGUCGACGAUGAGAACCGCAAACAGCUUCUCGUAUCUGAUAAUGGAGAGUUCUGGAUGUCAAUGAAAGAUUUCCUUGGAACAUUUGACAACAUGGACAUCUGUUGUACCUGUCCUGAUUUUCUGGAAGGAAAGUCUGCAUGCAAGUGGACCUCCAAGUCCCACAAUGGCAGCUGGGUUACUGGAAGCACAGCUGGAGGCUGCAUGAACCACCCAGACACCUUCUGCACCAACCCCCAGUUCUGGCUGAGUAUUAAUGAGAUGGACAAGACGUGUGAGCAGAGCCAAAACAAUGUUCUGGUGUCCCUCAUACAGAAACCUGACAAGAGGAACAGACGUCUGGCUGAACACCACGGCAUCGGCUUCUGCGUGUUUGCGGUUCCACCAGAGAUGAAAUCUGAGGGAAAGUUAAGAUCAAGCUUUUUCAGUAGAAAGCCUGUGGUAACAAGCGGGGACUUUCAGGAUGCAAGACAGGUGAUGAAGUUCUUCAGGCUGGAGCCAGGAGAGUAUCUCAUUGUCCCGUCCACUUACUUGCCUAAUAAGAACGCAGAUUUCAUCCUGUCCAUCCUCUGCAAGAAUGACAUUCAGAUACAAAAGGACACUGAAAGGACAGAGAAAGAUUUUCUUGUGGAUCUUAUUGGAGUCUCUGAGUCCGGUUACACAGAAAAGGAGGAUGAAGGAUCAAAAACGAAAUUUCUGUUUCGACAAUAUUCUGAUCAGUACAAAAUUGUGGAUGCUGAGAAACUUCAGCAGCUUCUUCAUGAUAAUCUGCUUAGAGGAAGAAAAAAUGCUGAAGGAUUUGGCCUGGACUCCUGUAGAAGUAUAAUUGCCAUGUCAGAUUUAUGUGUUACUGGAAGACUUCAAGCAUCAGAAUUUGAUCGUUUGUGGAACCGGAUUACAACAUACAGGGACAUCUUCUACAGCAUGGACUCUUCCAAAGAUGGCGUUCUUUCUUUGAAUGAACUUAAAAAUGCAUUAGAGAAAACAGGCCUACAUCUAAAUGAAGACAUCCUGAAUCUCAUGGUGGUGCGGUACGGUGGUGCUUCUGAACAGAUCUCUCUGGAGGGAUUCAUAUGCCUUGUCAUGCGUUUGAACUGCAUGGCCAGCAUAUUUCAGAAACUCUGUGAAAAUGGGAAGAUAAGUCUUGAUGAGAGUGAGUGGAUAGGACUCACCAUGUACUCGUGAAGAAAUGUCUGCUUGCCAGGGAGUUUGUCAACAAAAGCAGUGUUAAAGAGCAGCGUUUUGGACAAUUUCAUAUUUUCAUAUUUUGUUGUUGAAUUACUUUGUAAAAUUAUAGUUGCAGUGGUUGUAAACUUUUCUUUUUUGUACUUUUAUCUCUCUAAGAAUUAAAAUGCUUGUCUUUC